UGUUUUUACAGAUUUUACCUGGAGCAUGAGACAGGCGGCAGCAGCAGGAAAUGAGGUCAGCCACGCCACGUGCUCUCGGCUUGGACCGUCCUUACACAUCUGAGGCAAGACAGAAGGUAGAAAAACGACUUCAAGGUUUAUUUUGGCAUGCAAUUGUUCCUGAUUCUGCUGCCAUGCAGUCCACACUGGGAUCUGAUCUUGAAAGGUCUCAAGAUUCAUCCCCGUCGGCCCUUUGGCCAGUGGACCUCAAGUUAACUCACUUGGACUGGAGCCCUGAAGCAAUCCUGAUACACUUCCAGGGACAGUACCGUACCAUAUGUGAACUUGACUACAGUAUCUUGCAGGGAGAAAUACAGAAUGUACCAAAGACUAAAGCUGAAGUGGAUAUCGGAGAGUUUUGCCUCGUGGAAGAUUUUACUUCAGCUCGCUGGUACAGAGGAAGAGUUCAGAAACGACGGGACGACUUCUUUGAUGUUUUCCUCAUUGAUCACGGUAACGUGUUGACUGUCAGUGCCACAAACGUUUCAUCCUGUUCAAAUGACCUGUUCAUCCUGCCUCCGAAAAUAGUUUGCGGUUUUCUUGCUAAUGUGCUGCUUCUUCAGAGUUGUUCUCACUCUGUGGUCGAGGAGUAUUUCUCAAGCCUGAUCGGCAGAAAUAUCAACGGUUACGUUCAAGCACUGCUUCCCCACAAAGUCCUCCUACUAGAAGCCCCUGACAUCAACACCGGCUUAGUUACACAUGGCUUUGGGAGAUAUGUGGACACUGAUACAUUUCUCUUCUUGGUAGAGAUGCUUACAGAGCUGCCUCUCAAACAGAACAUAGAGCCGGUUCCUGACUUGCUCAUUGAAAAGCCAAGGGGACAAGAAGUUUGUUUUAAACCAUCAGGUUUGCAGGGAUAUGAAGACAUUCUUUCACUCUAUGGACCAGCGUUGCGUUGCGGGACACGAGCUAAAGUGAGAGUAACUGCUGCUGUCAGCCCUGGGCUGUUUUACUGUCAGAUGGCCAAUGUGGAAUCAGAGCUCUGGGAAAUGUCAAAAAAAUUAGCUGCAUCGUGUGAAUGCAGACCUAAAGAAAGUUAUCAGAUGACUCCAGAGAACCUGGGUUUAUUGUCCUCAGCUAAAAGCAAAGAUGGGAGAUGGUACAGAGGCUUGGUGCAGUUUCUCCCAGGCAGUUCUUGGGUUAGAGUCUUCUUUGUUGACUACGGAUUCUUUGAAUCAGUCACAGUUGAAAACAUCCACAGGUUGGCACCUGAAUUGUAUUCAACACCCAUUAUGACAUUCCCAUGCUCUCUGGCAUGCCUGACUGAUGAGGAUAAGGCCAUCAAAACUCAGCAGUUGUGUCUCCUGAAAUCAGGCUUACUUGGAGGACUAUUACACGUGGAGAUCACGACAUACGAUGAGGAACACCGAGUGUACUGUGUCACUAUAAUUAGUGCUGAAGAUGAAGGUGUGGAAGAACCGGAGCCUGUCAGAACGUGUCCAGUCAUGAAGGUUGAGUCAGUUUCUGAGGCUGAAGAGCAGGGUGGCUCCUUGUACCAUGAAACAAUCAUGGGUGAAACACUGGGGCAAACGCUGAAGGUAGAAGAGGUGCAGGUAGACUCUGUGUUUGUGGGCUAUGUUGAACAUGUCCAAAAUCCAAACCAUUUCUGGAUUAGAACACAAAAACGCAAUGAGGAGUUUGAAGAAAUGAUGUCAAAGAUGGCAGAACACUUCCAACAUGUGAAGCUGGAUGAAGACGUACUGUUAAAUCCUAAGCUUGGAACACUGUGCUGUGCAGUUUAUGAGGGAGACAUGCAUUUUUACAGAGGUGUAGUGACAGACACCCUUAAGCACGGAGCUGAAGUUUUGUUCAUCGAUUUUGGGAACAUUGAGAAAGUGCCACACAUGUUGAUCAAGAAUAUUCCCGAGUCAUUUGCUUGCAAGGCGGCAUUUGCCAUUUGUUGUACUCUUUCUAAUGUUUUUCCUGUUGAGGACAUCUGGACAAGUUCAGCCUCUGAUUCCUUCAGAAGAGCUGUGUCAAACAAAGCCUUGCUGGUCCAUGUCGUACAAAUGAGAAAAAACAAAUUUGUUGUUGACCUCUUUGAGAUGGGAAGUGGGAACAAUCAGAGUAUUACUGAGCUCCUGGUCUCUUCCAACCAGGCUGAAUACAUUCCGAAAGGGCACUUGGCCCAAAAAACGACAGAAAAGACAAGGUGCCCCCAAAGUAAUGUGAAAACAAACAUCACUGAGGAUAAGGGGCAAUGGAAGGAUUGUAAGGAAGAAGAGAAGGCAUUGAAAAAUGAACCUGAGAAAGGUCAACCUCUUUCUAGCAUCAAGCCGUUAAAUAUCAAGCCUGGGUGUGAGUUGACUGUGCACUGCUCUUAUAUCAGCUCUCCAUCGGAUUUGUGGUGCCAGCCUCAAGACAUGGUUCCAGCUUUGGAUGAACUGAUGGAUAAAAUUCAGCAGUAUUAUUCAACUCAUUGGGUUCCCCUAGAGUCAGGAGAUUCAUGCUGCAUUGCCAAGUCACCUCAAGAUGGACGAUGGUACAGGGCCUUAAUCACUGCAAAACAGAGAGGCAAUGCCACAGUAACGUUGGUUGAUUAUGGGAAUACUGUCCAAGUCAGUGAACACAUUCUUCAAGCAAUAAUGCCAGAAUUUAUUUAUUUGGAAGGACAAGCUUUCAGGUGCAGCCUUUACAACUUAAUUGAACCUGCUGACCCUAAGAACUCUGGGAAUUGGAGUCCAGAAGGGUGUAGGUUGCUGAAAGAUUUUGUCUUCAGCAGCAUUGGAGCUCUAAAGUGUAAAGUUGUCUCCCAGUUAUAUGUGAAAAACAAGGGGCUGUGCAAUGUUGUUGAUCUCUACAACAGCCAAACCCAGCAGAGUGUGGCGGAUACGUUCACAGAACAAGGCCUGGCAACACAAGUGACGGCGUCAACAAGGCAACAGCAAGAAGUGUUUCCGGAAUCCUUUAUCUACUCUUCACAUGAUCUACACCCAGGAAAUGAGGAACAAAUGUAUGUCACCUACGUUAACAGUCAGUGGGAGGUCUACUGCCAUCUUGAAAGAAACACCGACAUUAUUGUUGAGCUUGAGAAGAAAAUCUCAGAGGAGAGUAAACACAUGAUGCAAGUUGAUACAAGAGCUGUUGUAAGCAAACUGUGUCUGGCAAAAUACUUUGAUGGCAAAUGGUACCGCGGUGUAGUACAUCCUGUUCAUUCACCUCUGCAUUUCAGUGUGUUUUUUGUGGACUAUGGAAACACAAACAUAUCAGAGAAGACCAAAGUCAUGUUCAUCCCCAGAGACUCAUCAGAUUUGUUGUACACACCCAUGCAGGCCGUGAGAUGUUGUCUCCAUUCAGUGUCCAAGAAAGAGGUCUAUGCAGAUGUUAAGGAGUGGCUCAGUAGUGCAGUUCUCAACAAGCAAGUGAAAGCUGUCAUACUUGGAAAGAAUGAAGAUGGUUCAUUUGAUGUCGAAUUAUUUGACGGAGAUAUGAACAUCAAUGAGAAGGUGAAGGAGCUCAUUCUCAGUUUGUCAUGUAAGCCCAAGACUGCUGUUGGAUUUGAGAUGAUCGAAAGAAAACGUAAAACCUCCUGCAAAAGAGACACAAAGUCUUCGUUCAAAAGCAAGAGUCAUCCUAAAGUGUAUUCAAAUCUUUCGACACUGUCCACUGUCCACAGAGGUACUAAAAAGAGAGAAAACACAAAAAGCCUUGUUGGUGGGAGAACUCAAAACAAUAACACAAUAGUAAGAACACAGAAUGAGGGCACAUUGAACACCCGUGCCUCUGUGAAAUCGCAGAACAAUCAAGUGAAACAACAAAGACAGGAACAGAAGCAAGCCCGACAGAAAGAGGCAAAAGAAAUGCCCCAACUCCUGCCUGACAAGAAGAUAUGUGCAGGCUUCAGGGCAAAGUGUUUCGUUUCCCACGCAGACUCCAUUUACAGCUUUUUUCUUCAGCUGUCAGAGGAUGAACCUGCCAUCUUGGAAAUGGGUGAAGCUCUCAACUCAGGUACCCUCAGAGAAUCCUUGAAGAUGCCCACAACCAUAAGAAUCAAUGACAUUGUUUUGGCUGAGUUUGAGGAGGACGGUGCCCUUUAUCGUUCAGUUGUGAAGAACUUUGUAGGCAAUUCAUGUUUCAAAGUUGAGUUUGUGGACUAUGGAAACUCGGCAGUCGUUGAGAAGAAAAAGAUCUACUCUAUACCAAAGGAGCAUCUGUCACAUCCGAGAUUCAGUAUACCAUGCUCGCUGCUGGAUCCAAGUACAUUCAGAAAUGAUGCGUCAUUCACUGAUGCAGUAAUGGAGAAGCCACUGAUGGUUGAGUUCAUAAAGCAAUAUGGAACCAAGUGGGACAUUAAGAUUAAGGUUCUUGAUGGAGAAGUGGGCCUUAAUGCAGGACCUGUAACUGAAAGGGAGGGUGAGUCUCCUAAUUCUGAAGCUAAUGAGAAAUUGAGGUCCCACAAACAGAAUAACCAAAGAGAUGAAGCAUGCAAGAAUGAAAUAAGAUCUGAAAGAACGACGACUACAGUCAAAGGUGAAACAUUCACACCUAAACCACCAUCUGUUAAGAUGUUAGUGAUGAUGAGGAUGAAAACUCGCAGGCGUCGUAGGGUAAGAGUCAAGAGCAGCAAGAGUAAGUCUACAAAGAGAUUUGGAGAUGCAUCCUUUACCCCAUCUAUUCAAGCCAGAGACUCAGAGAAUGGAAUGCUUUUGUCGGUCCAGAGUAAUGGCUGCUUUUACGUAAGAGUUGUUAGGACCAGUGACUGUCUCACUGCAUUGGAAAGUCACAUUGCGGAUAGCCUGGUCAAGUGCAAGAUGGUAGCAAGAGAGGAUAUCAAACAAGGCCUCAAGUGCUUAGUUCAAGUCCAGAAGGACAACAAGUGGCACAGGGCCAUAGUUCAGCACCUGAAUGAUGAAAAUGUCAAUGUUUUCCUGGUGGAUCACGGAAUAACAGUGGAAAUCCCAAUUGGUUCCAUUCGACAGCAGUGUAGUGACCUGUUGAAAUUCCCAAACCUCGCAGUGCUGUGCAAGAUGAACAAUCUUGGGUUCAGUGAGAAGGACGAUGAUUACAGACACUGGUGUGAAACUCUGAAACCCAUGAUAGGCAAGGAAGUCAAGCUGAUUUUUGUGCGUUAUUCUGAAGCGGAUAGCCUCUGGAUGGUUGAAAUAAUCAUAAACAAACUGUUUCUCGGUUUGCAUCAAGUUGUGUCACUGCAGCAAAAUGAAGAAAAGAUCCCACCACCUGGUGUGAGUCAAAAUGGAGGCACUGAAAAAGCACCAACCUUGGACACCAGCCCUCCUCAGCAGCUUGCCUUUGCUCCUGUUGAAAUUGACAUAUCAUAUUCUGGCUUUGCUGCUGCAAUUAAGACUCCUUCUGAUUUCUGUGUGUCUCUAGAGGAUUUGCUUCGAGUUACAAACAAAGUGUCAGCUGAGCUGGAUGACCUGCCCAGCCAACUGAUACCUCUUCCUGAAGACCACAUUGCCCCUGGCACCUGCUGCCUACUGAAAUCAGAUUCCAGGAAGAAGUGGUGCAGGGCUGAAAUCGUCCACGUCAACACCACGGUGGUCCUAAAUCUAGUGGAUUAUGGCCAUUAUGAAUACAUGCCAUAUGACAACUGCUCCAAUCUGAAGAAACUUCCAGCCAAGAUAACAACCCUCCCAAAGGUCACUUACUCCUGCAUCCUGAGAGGUGUGAAGCCAGCUGGAUUGGAUGAUCAGUGGUCUGAUGAGGCGGUGAUAUUCUUCCAGGAAUCUUUGUAUAAGAAGAACCUCCAGAUCUACUUCAGGGAGUUGGUGUCAAACAGACAGUGGAAGGUAGAAAUUCUUGUAGAUGGCGUCCAUGUUGCCAAGGAGCUGGUGGAUGCUGGACAUGCCAGCUAUGUCGAUGUCAUGCUAGGACUCAGGUUCCUGAUCCUUGACAGUGAGGAGCAGUGUGGGCCGGAAGAGCUUCCUGUUGUGAAGCUUGAGCUUCUAAACAAACAAAAUGUUUAGAUUUCAUUUAAGGUGAAAGUAAAAUUGUGUUUUGCAGAUUUUUUUUAUGUCAAAAAAUGUACAAGAAAUUAGAGUCAUGAGACCAGCUUUCUGAUAAUUUUGAGUAAACAUAUAAUGCCAAAAGGUUUUUUGUGUUAAAUUUCAUGUACUUUUUGUUUUAAGUUUAGAUAUUAAAAAGUCUGAUUAAGACAAAAUAUUGAAGUCACUACCUUAUCAGCGCUUCUGACACUUUUCUUUUUGUAUUUUACGUUGUGAAAAAUAAAAUCUUUUCUGAUUGUGCU